AAAUCGGCUGGGGCUUGGCAGGAGUGUUUGAGUGAGGCUAAAGGCUGGCUGAGCCGCGUGCAUGGAUUGCUCGUCUUCCACAGACUUGCAGGUUUCUUCUGGACCUACACUCAGUUUCGACAGGUCAAAGCGCAGCCGAUGAAGAAACCCCUACACCCCAUCGUCACCCCGCUGAUGGCAACUCCACUUCAUGGGCCUCAUAUCCCAGAGGUCCAAGCGCCUACUGGCUUGCCCGAUGGUUCUAUCACAGCCUUUCCAGCGAGCUAUAUUGGCACUGUGUCAGCUGUUAAUCGGCCUCCCUACGCGUUUCCCGUGGCGGUAUCCGCGCAUGGUGGCACCCUCGAUGGAGAAUCGCUGAAACUCCAAAUCCAAACCUCAUUUCCUGUUCAAGGUUUAGGAGCAGGGUCCUCUUCCAUUGACCCUACCCUGUCCGACAUGAUGCCGCCCUUCUUCCAUCCUGGUCCCUUUCACAUCGUCAAUCCGGCACCGAUUGUUGCUGCGCUCGAAACUCCUGAUCAUUCACAGGAUAGGUGGUCGGAGACAAACUCAAAUGAGGAUGUUGCCUACUCGCUUCGAGGCCUGGCUCAGAAGCUAGGAUACUGCCUUGUCCCUCUCUGAGUCGACGUGGACAGUGGUGAUUCUUCCAGAUUAGGAGAUAUACUGUACGUUCUAAUAUAAUUCGUGUUACCUGAUCCCAAGAUUCACCGCUUCUCUUCCCGGAGUAAAUGUAAUUU